AUGCCACUGCGACAGCUAUUCCCAGACCCUCAUAAACCCGGCGGAUCGUGCAGGGUCGACAUUAUCGCCGUGCCUGGUCUGAACACCCAAGGCAAAGCACUUCUAGAGCACGCUUGGGAUACCUGGCGCCCGACAGAUCGUCCCAAUGACCGAUUCUGGCUCCGUGAUGAUCUUCCAGUGUGCACUCCCGAUGCGCGAAUACUCCUUUACGAGUAUGAUGCCAGGGUUGGGCCUGGAAAAGGCCGCAUGAAAUUCGCGCAGGAUGCGAUCACAUUGCUAGAAGAGAUCAUCCUUGCAAGAGCCGACUUCGACACACGUCCCCUGCUAUUCUUGGGACACCAUAUAGGUGGCUUGCUGGUCAAAAAAGCUCUGAUUAGAGCCAGCAGAGAACCGAAGUUUUCAUCUAUCAAAGAAGCGACGACAGGUUUAGUCUUUUUUGCCACACCCCACUCUAGGACGGAAACACUGUUCGAUAAGAGAUUGGCGCUCGAAACACUAUUUUCGGGAUAUGUGGAAGAGCAUUGGGACAAUCAAAUUUUGACACCUAGAUGUGAGGUUGUGUCGUUCUUGGGGUCCCAAGAUGGUGUAAGCGACCUCCGAAGCGAAUUCUUUUCAAGCGCUCGACUUGGGCUGCCUGAUGGUCGUGAGCGUGUGGUAGAGCUCGAUGGGAAUCACAACACGAUCUGCAAAUUUGGCUUUAGCCCAAUCGAUAUUCACAAUCUCGACAUUGUACGAAAGAACAUCCAAGCCUUGUACGAGAAGGUGGUGUGGUCCUCUCCGUUGGGAACUCGAGCAAACAGUCUAAGGUCUCUCGGAGCAGUGUUGAUGGAAGUAAAAUCAUCGUCACAUCCCCAGGCUGGUCACCUUACCGCUACUCAACCAGUCGCUCGGCACCCAGUUUACCAUCUCCCGUUUCCAAGAAAUAAGCGAUUUGUCGGAAGAGAAGACAUCCUCAUGAGACUGAGAGACUUGCUUUUUUUCCAAGGCAUCCAAACAGUUGCCCUUGUGGGACUUGGUGGCAUAGGCAAGAGCCAAGCCGCUCUCGAGCUUGCAUACUGGGUGAAAGGGAACUUGCCCGACUUCUCUAUUUUCUGGGUGUCUGCACUGAGCGAAGCUGCUUUCGGAAUUGCGUUUGGCGAGAUUGCUAACAAAUUCGGACUCCGGACGGGCGAGGGACAGGAUAUCAGGGACUCGGUUAAAGACCAUCUAAGCUCCGAGGCGGCGGGCCGAUGGCUUCUGAUUGUCGACAACGCGGACGACAUGCGGAUCGUCUCUAGUACAUACGGGAUGCCUGAUCAUCUUGACAGCUUCUUGCCAACGAGCGACCAGGGCCGGACUCUUUUCACCUCGCGUUCAUAUGACGUGGCGCACACAGUGGCCGAGGAGGUUGUCAGUCUAACCGAAAUGGCCUUGGAAGAGGCGAAAUGGCUGCUAGAAACAUCUUUGACUCGACAACAUCCAAUGAGUGACGAAAGAAUAGCGGAAGAGCUGUUGCGCCGUCUUGUCUUUCAUCCUCUGGCAAUCACACAGGCAAUAUCUUACAUGGCGAGGAAUCGUAUCACAACCAGAGAGUACUUGAGGCUAUUUCACAACACCGAAGAUGAUCGGAUUGACUUACUCAGUCUUGGGUUGCCUGACAAGACACGGUACCAGGGCUCACACAACGCAGUAGCCUCCACAAUGCAUAUGAGCUUCGAACAAAUACAAGAGACCGAUAGCCAUGCGGCUGAGCUGCUAAGAUUCAUAUCGCAAAUCGAGGCAGGUUCGAUUCCUCAGUCGCUUCUCCCCCGGCCAAGCUCCGAACUGCAGAUGAUCAACGCGAUCGGGACAUUACGUGCAUACUCUUUUCUCUCAAAAGACGAGAUGGACAUGCUGCAUAUGCAUCCACUUGUCCACAUUGCAACAAAGGCGUGGGUGAAACGAGAGGAAGAACACGAGAAUGGUGCGGGUGGAGUCACAGAGCGAGCGAUUCGGCACCUUGCCAAGGUGUUCCCGACAGCUGAUUAUGCUGACUAUGAGAGGCGGAAAGCAUAUAUACCCCAUGCAUUGCGCUUGCUGAGGGCAGGUGGAGGGCCAGAGCUGAAGGAGAGGUCUGAACUAGCUUACUGGGUCGGCCUCGGCCUGGCCUUUGAUGGGUGGGAGAGAGAGUCGGUGCGCUGGCUGGAAGAAUGUUUUGAAUGGAGCAAAACUCAAUACGGUGAAGACCAUCCUGAUCGACAAGAACCUCAGCGUGAACUGGCGAGGGCGUACAUUUGCGAUGAUCAAGUCAAGAAGGCAAUCAGACUAUUGGAUGAUCUUAUACAACUCGAAGAAAAGUCUCUGCCAGAACACCACCCCACCCGGUUAAAGUCAACACGAUUGCGUGCAGUAGCAUACAGGGCGAAUGGACAGAUCAGAAAGUCAAUAGAAACACUGGAGAGUGUAGUGGCGCUCGAAGCGAGAAUCCCGGCCACGAGCGACAGUCCCCGACUGAGGUCGCUUUACGAGCUGGCGGUAGGAUACCGGUCCAAUGGUCAAAUCGCCCGAGCAGUCGAGCUCCUGGAGUAUGUUACGGCUAUUCAAGAACGAACCCUGGCUUCGGAUCAUCCUUUUUUUCUGUCAGCCCAGUGCGAGCUCGCAACUGCCUACAGGGCUCGUGGACAGGUCGGCCGUUCCAUCCACCUGUUGAAGCAGCAGGUAGAUAGACUCGACCCCUCAUUGAAAGAGCAGCACCCCUAUCAACUGAGGGCUAUGCAUGAGCUUGCAUUGUCAUAUGAAGGUACAGGACAGCACCUGCAGGCGAUGAACAUACUAGAACACGCGUGGCUCACCGCGAGGUGGAUUAGGAAGCAUACUGCCUUAGACGGCACCACAAUCUGGUUGCCGAUAGCGCAAGCUCUCGCAACGUCGUGUAGGUCAGCUGGAGACCCUAACAGAGCGGCUGAGAUUGAGAUGAAGAUCACCCGGCACUCAGAACCUUUUGCGGAGCAAGACUCAGACCUGCCAGCCCUCCAAUGCGAGACGGGUGCCAAAAAGAAACUUGGUUCUGAACUCGACGAUUUUGACGCCGAGCCAUCCGUGGAUCAGACACAUUCCGGCUCAAUCUUUGCUACCGGGGUUCUGCCAAAGGUGCCGGCGUUGACCACAUUGUCUAUCACAAUCAGAAACAGAGCCCGUGAGGAAAUGGUGGGGAUAUUUCUUGACGAUCAAGAACUUCGACCUCUCUUUCAAGCCGCAAUAGAAAGCCAGGAGAUUGGAGGUUCAAAGUUUGAAACGGUCUUCAGGAGACUACUUCAAGAAUUCUCGAAGGACCUGCGCGCAGCCACGGACGUUCCGAUGUAUCACGACACGGCAGAUUUUCUCCAACAGAAUGCGCAUUCCAUCUCACAAGAAAUCCGGUACAAGUUCGAACCCAAGCCAGAAACAUUGGGACCUUCCUCAUCAGAGACGACACGCUCAAGCAAAGUAGACACUGAUGAAGCGAAGCAGGAUUUCAACGAAAGGCUUGAGAUCAGCCGUCCAAGACCAUCAAGUAUUCCACUCACUGGAGGAACAGAACCUGUGCAAGAUGUCGGCGACGUAUCCCAGGAGGAUUUGGAGCCGGCAGAUGAUGAGAUGAUCCAACCACCACCGGCAGACAAGAUAAAAGAGUUCUUGAUCUCCGGGUAUCCCAUUCAGAAUCUGCGAAAGAAACUAAGGACAUUUGUCAUGCCUCAUCAGCUAAUCAAGUCUGAGGACGACCUUACGGGCCGGCCGUCUCUGCCCGAUACAUACUUUGCGAGUGUCUUUCCAGGUUCUCUGCCAGAGCUGGUUGACCGGGUAUUUGAUCUCUGCCACUUGACCUCUAUGGAACCGCCAAUUCCACCCGGGAAAAGCCGGGUACGAUGGACAUGUCAGAGAUGUGGCGCAAGACUGUACGAUGACUACACUGAGCUUGAUCCCGGCUCCUUGAAAGACUUGCAAACCGAGCUAUACGGAAUGAACAGCAGUGAUCCACAAGCCUCUCAGCACAACCAGCCACAGUCGUUUAUGAAACGAGUCACGAACGUCUUUAAUCAGUCUCUGACUAUGCUGAAAUCGACCCGGAAGGCCAGUGCAACCGAGGACCUAUCCCUCCCGCUUCAUCUUGACCCUCACCAUGCAAAUGGCCCGCGACAAGUCUCGAAACUACUCUUGAGUCGAUUUGAACUCGACUUUAGCUCGAACGUCGAAGUCCAUCCGCACAACCGGACUUGUCAACCCGGGCCAUGCGUCUGCCUCCCCGACCUCAACCGCAUCCACAUUGAAUACCGCUGCGGACCAUCGCCGGAAAAAGCGCCGACCAAAGUACCCAUCUGGGGAGAGAACUAUUUGACGCACUAUUUCAAAAAACCGGGUUGCCUCAGAGAAGGGCAAAUGUCGAUAUUCCGACAACUCCCAAAGCGCACUUGUGGCAGUCUCGCAGCGUCUGAUGACGAGCCGACUUUAGGCUGGGGUAUUUAUUUCGAGGAGGACUGGCACUGGAGAUCUAUCUACUUCAUAAUUGUUUUCGUCAUCGGUAUAGGGAGCAUGGUGUUUGGAGUAUGUUGGUCGGUGUUUGAGAAGGACAUCCAGAGUGCAUUCACUAUUACCGGCGCUUGGGUGACGCUGGGGUCUCUUAUGCUAGGUUAUAUGGCCGUGAGAACUUCUUGA